AUGAAUACUGUUGAUUUCCAUAAAUUGAUGAAAUCACCAUUAGAAACGAUUAACGAUUGUGUUUGUUACAACACUAUUAAUGAGUAUAUUGCAUUAGGAAAUGUUUUAGGUGUUAAAACAGAUUCAAUCAUUUUAAAUGUUAUGAUUCAUAAGAUGAAAUCAGCAAAUUUCAAUGAUUACAUGUGUUUGAUCUCAUUAUUAACAUCAAAGAGCAGCAAGGAUAUCAUGUUAAAAGAACUUUCACCACAAUUUAAAUUUAACAAUUUGAUUUCUUUUUACAAAUCUAUUGGUGAACUUCAAAGAGUGAAUGAAAUUAAAAUCAAAGAGAUAUUAUCACAUAAAGAAUUUCAAAAUUAA